AUGUAUUUAACAAAAUUCGCAUUUUCUAUACUCAUCUUGGGGCUAUGGAAUAUAGUAACAGCUAGUAAUGACACCAGUGCGGCGGAGACACGCAUUGUGGGUGGUCAGGUUACAACAAUUAGCAAUGUGCCCUACAUGGUACAAGUCUGGAAGAAUGGAAGCUUUGCUUGCGGCGGAGCCUUGGUGGCCAAGAAUUUUGUACUUUGCGCAGCCCAUUGCUUUAGAGAAUUGGAUCCAGCCAAUGUAGUUGUGGUGGCCGGAGCCACAAAUUUGAUGGAGACAGGCGUGAGAAGUAAAGUUCAAAAGUUGUUAUUACCUGCAGCAUGGAAUCCAACAACCAUGUACAUGGAUGCUGCAGUUCUUAAAUUGGCUACACCCAUUACUACUGCAGCUGCAAAAACUGUGGGUUUUUACCGAGGGAAGCUAAACCCCGGUCUAGAGGUUCGAAUAUCCGGUUGGGGUCGUGUUACUGAAGAUGGCAAAAUGUCACGACAAAUUCGCACCACUCGAGUUCCUGUAGUCAACAGAGAUCAAUGUGUAAAACAAUACCAGGAUGUAUUCACUCUGCAGAAUACCAUGUUCUGUGCUGGUGUUCCCGGUUCGAAAGAUGCUUGCCUCGGUGAUUCUGGUGGUCCUGCAAUAUGCAAAGGCAAGUUAUGCGGUAUUGUCUCAUAUGGCAAUGGAUGUGCACGCGUAGGUUUUCCGGGUAUUUAUACAAUUUUGAAUAGAGCACUGCCUUUUAUAAAAAAUGCUAUGAAGAGAUGA